GCUCCCGCCUCCGCCCCCAGCUGCCGCAGCCCCGCGCCCCCGGCCCGCUCCGGCUCUUUCUCUCUCUGCUCGUGCCCUCUCGUCCCAGCGCUGCGCUGCGCUUCCCCCGCUGGUCGCCCCCGCAGCCUAUGGCCCUGGAAGGCGCCGCUGCCGCCGCCUGUAUUUCUGCUGUAGGUUCCCACAUCCCUCUUUAAAAAUUCCGCCUAAAAAGAGAAGACGAUUUACCAAAUCUUUCGGGCCGUUAUCUCACGGCAAAAUCUCUGAUCAAGUUUACAACUAUCCAGAGGGCUUAGGAGAAGUGCUUUAUAGAGAACAGUUCGACUUCAACGCUGAGCCACCUUGGGAACCUAGCUGAUGAUAGUAGGGUUCCAUCUCCUAACUUGUCCAUAGUUAUCCGAUGAAUUUCUGAGAGACUUAAACAUGUUUUGUUGCAUAAUUUAAGGACCCGGAUAUAAGGCUUGGAAGCCCAUCCCUUGUGUUUCUUGGUUUAUGACUGUCGGCUUUGUGGAAUACGGCUGAGAUGAAAGGAUUUCUUGAGGAUGCAAAUUACUCCAUUGGUCUGUUGGAUGAAGGAGCAACUCUUGCAGAUGUUAUUGACAACUGUAUUUAUGAACAUACUCAUACUGGAAAAAGGGCAUUUUAUGUUGGUGAUCUUGGAAAGCUUGUAAAGAAGAACAUACAAUGGCAGAACGUGAUGGCACCAAUAAAACCAUUUUAUCCUGUAAGAUGCAAUUCUACUCCAGGUGUACUCGAAAUUUUGGGAACCCUUGGCAUUGGAUUUGCGUGUUCCAGUAAAUCUGAAAUGGCAUUGGUACAAGACCUGGGCAUUUCUCCUGAAAACAUUAUAUAUACAAAUCCUUGCAAGCAAGCUUCUCAGAUAAAGUAUGCAGCGAAAGCUGGAAUAGACAUCAUGACUUGUGACAAUGAUAUCGAGCUGAAGAAAAUUGCACGUAACCAUCCAAAUGCUAAGCUCUUACUGCACAUUGCCACAGAAGACAUUACUGCUGAUGAGGAGAUGAAUAUGAAGUUUGGCACCACCCUGAAGAACUGUAGGCACCUCAUGGAAUGUGCUAAGGAGUUGGGAGUCCAAAUAGUUGGUGUCAAAUUUCAUGUUUCAGGCUCUUGCAAGGAACUGCAAACGUACAUUCAUGCUAUAUCCGAUGCUCGGUGUGUGUUUGACAUGGCUGAAGAAUUUGGCUUUAAGAUGAACAUGCUGGAUAUUGGUGGAGGCUUCACAGGGUCAGAACUUCAGCUGGAAGAGGUUAAUCACAUCAUCAGGCCAUUGCUGGAUGUCUACUUUCCUAAGGAAUCUGGUGUUAAUGUGAUUGCAGAGCCUGGAUGUUACUAUGUUUCAUCUGCAUUUACACUAGCAGUUAAUAUCAUUGCAAAGAAGACUGUUGAGUGUGAUAAACUUCUUCCUUCUGGAGUGGAGCAAACCAGGAAUGAUGAUGAACCAGUAUUUACGUAUUACAUAAAUGAUGGUGUUUAUGGUUCUUUUGCAAGUAAAUUGUCUGAGAAACUGAAUACUAUCCCAGAGGUUCACAAGAAAUACAAGGAAGAUGAGCCUCUGUUCGCAAGCAGCCUUUGGGGUCCAUCCUGUGAUGAGCUUGAUCAAAUUGUGGAAAACUGUCGUCUUCCUGAGUUGAGCGUUGGAGAUUGGCUGAUCUUUGAUAAUAUGGGUUCUGGUACCUUAGGUGAACAGUCUACCUUUAACGACUAUCAGAGGCCACUGAUCUACUACAUGAUGUCUUUCAGUGACUGGGAUGAGAUGCAAGAUGCUGGAAUUGCUUCAGACACAUUGAUGAAGAACUUCUUUGUGCCUUCUUGCAUUCAGCUGAGCCCAGAAGACCGCUUUUCCACUGCAGCUUAAACAGGCAUUAACGCUUCAUUUAGACCUGCAGUUGCAAGUCUGUAGUUUGUCUGGUCAACAUUCCAGUGCGGAAGAAAUGGAACAAUCUUGAAUUCAAUUCAUUCUCUUCAAAACUUGAAAAAAUAGUAAUAGCUAAUGGGGACCAGGCAAAACAAGCUACAGCUACAAUUCACUGGGGGGUGGGAGGGUUAGAUAAUGGCGUCCAAAUUUAAAAUCAAGUUCAUUCAACCCCUGAGCGUUUAAAUAUGCAACAAAAUGGAUGACUUAGUGGAGAUGGAAGCCCAUCACUUGGGUUCUUCAACAGUUUACAUACAAGUACACAGUUUUUAUACUAAGGAUUCCUGUUAGAAAAGUCUUGUAAAGUUAUUGUCUUUCGCCCAGAUAUAUCAAAUGUCAGUGGGAGACCAGUGUGACUUCAUUAGAUGUUUAGUGUAUUUAGAAUGUGUAAAUUUGUGCUUCGAACUGUAGUUUAAUAAAUGUAAAAUUGCAUCAUAG